ACACAGAUUUUGGGAUCAGGGAGGGGCGGUGACAAUGGAGCCGCCCUUGAGGGGACACAAAUCUUUGGGGUCAGGGCUGGGAUCAGGGAGAGACUACGUCAAUGGAGUUGCCCCUGAGCGGACACAAAUUUUGGGAUCAGGGAGCAGCAGUGACAACGGGGCUGUGCCAAAGGGACACAAAUCUUUGGGAUCAGGGAGAGGUGGUGACACCGAGCUGCCCCGGGGAGGACACAAAUCUUUGGGAUCGGGAAGCAGCAGUGACAAGGAAACUGCCCCUGAGGGGACACAAAUUUUUGGGAUCAGGGCUGGGAUCAGAGAGAGACUAUGUCAGUGGAGCUGCUCCUGAGGAGACACAAAUCUCUGGGAUCAGGGAGAGGCGGUGACACCUGGGCUGUGCCAAAGGGACACAAAUCUUUGGGAUCAGAGCCGGGAUCAGGGAGAGGCGGUGACAAUGGAGCUGUGCCAAAGGGACACAAAUCUUUGGGAUCAGGGAGAGGCGGUGACACCGGAGUUGCCCCAAAGGGACAGAAAUCUUUGUGAUCGGGGAGAGGCGGUGACACCGGAGCUGUGCCAAAGGGACACAAAUCCCCCGUGCCCCGGCUCCUCCCCGAGGCUGCUGUUCCCCGAUCCAGUCCCUCGCCGCUGCUGGGGACUCCCCAGUUCCAGGGGAGCCGCGGCUGCCCCGUCCCUGGCAGUGCCCGGGGCCAGAGGGGGUGACCGUGCCCAUGGCACGGGUGGCACCGCGCCGUCGUUAACGCCCCUCCCAGCCCAACCAUUCCACGGUUCCAGGAUUCUGUGCCGCCCCUCUGUGACAUCAGCCCGGCCUGGUGGCGCCGCUGCCACCACCAGAGGUGACACCCGGGUUCUGCCACUGCCACCCGCGCUGGCACCGAUGGCUUUGCUGGGGCUGCUCGUGCUGCUGGCCCUGGCCCGGCCCGGGGGGGCCACCUGGGACACCUGCAGAGGGACCUGCGGGCUCCGGCCCAUGGCCUACGACCACAGCUCGCUGGUUGGGGACCAUCCCCAGGACUCCUAUUAUGGAUCCUUGGAUUCCUCCGGUCACUUCUCGCAGGGCAAAGGCGCCGGCGGGGUCCACCCGGGCGCCUGGCCCGGGGUCAUCAGCAUCCAGGCCACCCUGGACAACGGCACGUGGCACAUGUGCUCGGGGGCGCUCAUCCACCCCCAGUGGGUGCUCACGGUGGCGCGGUGCUUCAUUGGGGACGGGGACAUCACCAGGUGGGAAGUGGUGAUCGGGGCCACAGACCUGAGCCAGCCCGGCCCCGAGGCUGAGCUGCGCCACAUCCAGACGCUGGUGGUGCACGAGAAUUACAUGUCAGCCACGGCCAUGAACAACAUCGCCCUGGUGGAGCUGGACAAGCCCGUGGAGUGCAGCGACUACAUCCAGCUGGGCUGUGUGCCCGACGGCUCCCUGGCCGUGCCCGAGCUGAGAACCUGCUACAUAGCGGGGUGGAGAGCCACCCCUGCCAGCGCCCCCAGCCCACGGCUGGUGCUGCAGGAGGCCAAGGUGCGGCUGAUGGACGCCCAGCUGUGCAACAGCAGCCGCUGGUACGGGGGGGCCGUGCACCCCCAGGACCUGUGCGCGGGGUACCCGCGGGGCGGCAUCGACACCUGCCAGGGGGACAUCGGGGGACCCCUGGUGUGCAAGGACAACGAUGGUGACUACUUCUGGCUGGUGGGACUGGCCAGCUGGGGCCGAGGCUGCGCCGGGGCGAAGCGACCGGGGGUGUUCACGUCCACCCAGCACUUCCACGGAUGGAUCCAGGUGCAGAUGGGGCUGGUCCCUCCAGAACCUGACAUCCCUCUGCCAGAGCCCUUCCCAUCGCCGCCCCUGGAGGAGCUGGAAGAGGAGGAGGAGGAGAAGGAGGAGGAGGAGGAGGAGGAGGAGGAGGAGGAAGAGGAGGAGGAGGAAGAGGAGGAGGAAGAGGAAGAGCUGGACUCGGAGUUGAGAAAUCUGGAGAUUGAAAACUCAGUGGAGGACUUAGAGCAGAAUUUUACGGGCGUUUCGUUCCAACAAAUGAUCCUGGGGAAAUUCCUGGACCUGCUGGUGGAGCUCCUGGAUUUCCUGAAGGGGAAGAAAACCUGAGCAGAGGGAGGAGCUGAGGCGGUUCUGGCAACCCUUCCCAGCUGGGGCCAUGACUGUGGGGCCAAAGGCAGCGCCGUGCCCAGGGCUGUGUGCCCUGCCCAGCUGACCCCUGCGCCCGCCCCGACGGUGAAUCCACGUUGUACUUAAAUUAAAAUUGUUCCUGUACCCA